AGCCUGGGGCGCAGCAUCCUGGCGCGGGCCAGGCCGCCUCAGUCACUGCCGUCGGGGAAGGUCCCAGCGCGGUCAUGGCCUCGCGAGGUGCCCGCCCCGGCUCAAGUCCUCAGCACCCCGCUCAGUAACCCCGAGGAAAGGUGGCCUGGACGUCGCGGACGGCUGGGCGGGCAGCAUGGAGGAGGCGCACCUGCUCCCGGCUGCCGACGUGCUGCGCCGCUUCUCGGUGUCAGCCGAAGGCGGCUUGAGCCCGGAGCAGGUGACCGACGCGCGGGAGCGCUACGGCCCCAACGAGCUCCCUACUGAGGAAGGAAAGUCCCUGUGGGAACUGGUGCUGGAGCAGUUUGAGGACCUCUUGGUGCGCAUCCUGCUGCUGGCAGCCUUGGUCUCCUUUGUCCUGGCUUGGUUCGAGGAGGGUGAAGAGACCACGACGGCCUUUGUGGAGCCCCUAGUCAUCAUGCUGAUUCUCGUGGCCAAUGCGAUCGUGGGCGUGUGGCAGGAACGCAAUGCAGAGAGUGCCAUUGAGGCCUUGAAGGAGUAUGAGCCUGAGAUGGGGAAGGUGAUCCGCUCUGACCGCAAGGGUGUGCAGAGGAUCCGAGCCCGGGACAUCGUCCCUGGGGACAUCGUGGAAGUGGCAGUGGGAGACAAGGUGCCUGCUGACCUCCGCCUCAUUGAGAUCAAGUCCACCACACUUCGCGUGGACCAGUCCAUCCUGACAGGGGAAUCCGUGUCUGUGACCAAGCACACAGAUGUCAUCCCAGACUCCAGAGCCGUGAACCAGGACAAGAAGAACAUGCUGUUUUCUGGCACCAAUAUUGCAUCAGGCAAAGCCCUGGGUGUGGCUGUGGCCACAGGCCUGAACACAGAGCUGGGCAAGAUUCGGAGCCAGAUGGCAGCUGUGGAGCCUGAGAGGACACCGCUGCAGCGCAAGCUGGACGAAUUUGGGAGGCAGCUGUCGCAUGCCAUCUCUGUGAUCUGCGUGGCUGUGUGGGUCAUCAACAUCGGCCACUUUGCUGACCCAGCCCAUGGUGGAUCCUGGCUCCGUGGCGCAGUCUACUACUUCAAGAUUGCCGUGGCCCUGGCUGUGGCCGCUAUCCCCGAGGGCCUCCCAGCAGUCAUCACUACAUGCCUGGCACUGGGCACAAGGCGUAUGGCACGUAAGAAUGCCAUCGUGCGCAGUCUGCCCUCUGUGGAGACCCUGGGCUGCACCUCAGUCAUCUGCUCUGACAAGACAGGGACACUCACCACUAAUCAGAUGUCUGUCUGCAGGAUGUUCGUGGUAGCUGAAGCAGAGGCAGGCUCCUGUCGUUUGCAUGAAUUCACCAUCUCGGGUACCACAUAUACCCCAGAGGGCGAAGUGCGACAAGGGGAGCAGCCUGUGCGCUGUGGGCAGUUUGAUGGACUUGUGGAGCUAGCGACCAUCUGUGCCCUUUGCAAUGAUUCAGCACUGGACUACAAUGAGGCCAAAGGCGUGUACGAGAAGGUAGGGGAGGCCACAGAGACAGCCCUGACUUGCCUCGUGGAGAAGAUGAAUGUGUUUGACACGGACCUGACAGGACUGUCUCCGGUGGAGCGUGCUGGAGCCUGCAACUCGGUCUUCAAGCAACUCAUGCGGAAGGAGUUCACCCUCGAGUUCUCCCGGGACCGGAAGUCCAUGUCUGUGUACUGCACACCUACCCGUCCUGACUCCAAGGCCCAGGGCAGCAAAAUGUUUGUGAAGGGAGCUCCUGAGAGUGUAAUUGAGCGCUGUACCUCAGUCCGAGUGGGGAGCCGAACAGCACCCCUGAACGCCACCUCCAGAGAACAUAUUCUGGCCAAGAUCCGGGAUUGGGGCUCAGGCUCUGACACAUUGCGCUGCUUAGCCUUGGCUACCAGGGACACGCCCCCGAGGAAGGAGAACAUGCAGUUGGAUGACUGCAGCCAGUUUGUACAGUACGAGACAGACCUGACCUUCGUCGGCUGCGUGGGUAUGUUAGACCCACCGAGACCAGAGGUGGCUCCCUGUAUCACACGCUGCUCCCGGGCCGGCAUUCGAGUCGUCAUGAUCACAGGAGAUAACAAGGGCACAGCUGUGGCCAUCUGCCGCCGACUUGGCAUCUUUGGGGACACAGAGGAUGUGUUGGGCAAGGCCUACACGGGCCGCGAAUUUGAUGACCUCAGCCCAGAAGAGCAGCGCCAGGCUUGCCGCACCGCCCGCUGCUUUGCCAGGGUGGAGCCUGCACAUAAGUCCCGCAUCGUGGAGAACCUGCAGUCCUUUAAUGAAAUCACUGCCAUGACUGGCGAUGGGGUAAAUGAUGCACCAGCCCUGAAGAAGGCAGAGAUUGGUAUCGCCAUGGGCUCAGGCACUGCUGUGGCCAAGUCAGCAGCAGAGAUGGUACUAUCCGAUGACAACUUUGCCUCCAUUGUGGCCGCAGUGGAGGAGGGCCGGGCCAUCUACAACAACAUGAAGCAAUUCAUCCGCUACCUCAUCUCCUCUAAUGUUGGCGAGGUUGUCUGCAUCUUUCUCACAGCAAUUCUGGGCCUGCCUGAAGCCCUGAUCCCUGUGCAACUGCUCUGGGUGAACCUGGUGACAGAUGGCCUCCCAGCCACAGCACUUGGCUUCAACCCACCAGAUUUGGACAUCAUGGAGAAGUUGCCCCGGAACCCCCGUGAGGCUCUCAUCAGUGGCUGGCUUUUUUUCCGGUAUUUGGCUAUUGGAGUGUAUGUAGGCCUGGCUACGGUGGCUGCCGCCACCUGGUGGUUCCUGUACGAUGCUGAGGGACCACAAGUCACCUUCUAUCAGCUGAGGAACUUCCUGAAGUGCUCUGAAGACAACCCACUCUUUGCUGGCAUCGACUGUGAGGUCUUUGAGUCCCGCUUCCCCACAACCAUGGCCUUAUCUGUGCUUGUGACCAUUGAAAUGUGCAAUGCCCUCAACAGCGUCUCCGAGAACCAGUCACUGCUGCGCAUGCCGCCCUGGCUGAACCCUUGGCUGCUGGGGGCUGUGGUCAUGUCCAUGGCCCUGCACUUCCUCAUCCUUCUGGUGCCUCCUCUGCCUCUCAUUUUCCAGGUGACCCCACUGAGUGGUCGGCAGUGGGGGGUGGUGCUCCAGAUGUCUCUGCCCGUCAUCCUGCUCGAUGAGGCCCUCAAAUAUCUGUCCAGGAAUCACAUGGUGGCCUGUCUUUAUCCAGGUAUUCUGACAAUUGUGCAGGUCUGGAGUAGGCAACCACUGACCACUUCCAGGAGCCCAUGCUAUACUGGGUUGGCUUCUUGGUGUCGCCUUAUGGGUGGGAACAAGGGGAGGGUCUGUAGUCAUCCAGGUACGAUGGACAGUAGCGGGGCUGGGGACGGAGAGGAAUCUACACUGCUGUGGAGAGGUUGGGCCCAGCAACCAGCUAAGACUUUCUUUGGGCAACGGGGACUUUGGGGGCCACUUCUAGCUGGAAUGUGACCCCUGAUCCAGGAAAUAGUGGAGGCUAUAAAUAAAUUCCAUGCCUGACAUUCCAUAAAGGCCCCCACACCCCCAUGCUAACCAAAUCUACUGGGUACUGAAAACAAUUGUCUUUUUAAAAGGACCUCAAUGAGCCUUUCCUUCUCUGGAGAUGCUGGCCUCCCAGGUCUGUACAAGGAAUGGCUAGACUCAAAGAGCGCAGGAGUGGGGCUGAGGGCAGCUGGACCAGGCCUUUCUGCCCCUCCAUAUAUGGUUCAUUUGGGCUCGUCCUGGGUGAACCUGGGAAAGGCCUUGAAGAAAUGGGUAUGAAUGGCCAGGUGGUGGUGUAUGCCUUUAAUCCCAGCACUUGGGAAGCAGAGGCAGGCUGAUCUCUGAGUUCGAGGCCAGCCUGGUCUACAGGAGCUAGAAAAGAAACGGAUAUAAUGGGUAUGACACUAGAAUGUCAGAAUUCAGCUCUGGCUGGGCAGUGGUGGCACACUCCUUCAAUCCCAGAACUCCCCAAGCCAUAUGUCCCAGCUGGAACACAUCAGCUAGACGUGGCACCAGCUGUACUCAGGUGUACCCAGACUGAACCGGAGCAUCACUUGAACAGGAGUUCAAGACCCACUUGGGCAGUGUAAUGAAAGCUUGUCUCUGUCCUACAAUAUUUACAUAAUGUUUUAUCUUGUUUUUCUCUGAAAGAUUCUAAAGGGAGGCAGAGCUGUGGGUUCGAGACCAACUUUGUCUGCAGAGGGAGUUCUAGGACAGCCAGGACUACACAGAGAAACCUGUCUCGAGAAGCUACAAAUAAAGUGGGAGGUGGGGGGAGAGAAAGAAUUCCAGCUCUGGGCGGACAGCACAGGAGGGUCCCCCAGGAAACCCCUCUCUCCGUACUCAGCUCAACCUCACCACCUCACUUGUGAAGCCUGCCCCCUAGGAACAAGAGCAUCUGGAGGCUGUUUUGUCUUCUUUGGGAGACAUUGCUCAUCCCUGGUGACCACAGCAGCCAAGGAGUUCAGCAUGUUUUCUUGUGGAAAUUUAAAAAUGAAAAAUGUCUCCCUAUGGCUAAAAUUUCUCAUUCCCUUGGGGGAACCCUGUGUCUGGGAUACAAUUCCACACUGGAUUCCUGGGCCCUAUGGGAGGGCGGAGGCUAGAUGGGGAGAUUAGAGUGCCGCCCAGUUGGAGCUAAGGGUAAUUGCUGGAAGAUUCUAGAUUAGAGUAGAUUAGAUAGACAACGUAGAAUCUGGCAGGGUAGGGGCUGAGGUGUCUAUACGGGAGCUGGUACCUGAAGUAUAAAAGGGAAGCCAAGAGAACACAGAAAAUCCGGCAUGCCAAGAUAAGGCCCUGGUUAUUCUCAAGAAGUUGGGACCAUAAAAGGUGUGUGGGCAUGGGGCAGGGGGCUAUGACAACUAGAAACCUUCUGAGGCGAUACUAGAAUAGAAGAAUAUCAGCAAAAGAGAUGCGAAGCCAGCCUGAGGAAGAAAUCUUGGCCCAGGACGAACUGACCCAAGCCGCACCUUUACUGACCUUUUUGACCUGAAAUGGUGACCACCAUGGUCUCGAAGAAGUUUUAUUUGAGUGACCACGAGUCUUCAGGAGGGACCUGGGCUGGGCACCUGUGGCUGCCCCUGGGGAGUGAUGUGCUUGCUGAAGUCCAGCCGGCUCUGCCUUGAGCCGGCAGGCGGCCACAAUCCCUUGGGCCUCCUAACGCUGGGCAGGGCGGGGGUGAGAGAGGGGACCCUUUACGUUCCCAAGCCAGCGAGUGGCCUUUUAGGGAAGUUUUACUGAGGCCUGACGCUUGUGGUUUCUCUGUGAUUUACGAGGAUGUGUCCUGAGGAGAAUUGUGGAUCUAGGGUCAGCCUUGGGACUGGGGGGUCCUCUCUCUCCACCCUUGGCGCUACUCAGGUGUGAAUGAGUGACUGUCAGGAAGCUGCAGGCUGGGAUGGAGAAGCUGAGAGGGGAUGGGUCUGAGAGAGUCCAAGGUACAAGGUGGACCCAGAAUUCAUCUAAGGACAGUGGAGCUACAUGGAGGAUGACGCGAAGGAUGACAGGGCCAGAUUGGGGGUUUUGUGUGAUGCCAGCAGUAAAUGGGAGGUAUUCAGGCAAGGCGGACUGGAAUUGGCCCCUUAGUCCUUGUAUGGGCUGCAAAGGUAAAAGGCAGCUUGAGCGUGUUCAGUUGAAAUCAGACCAUGUGGGAUGGGGAGGAGGCAAGGAAGAUCCCCUGCUUAUGGAUGGAACAGUGAUGGGAACAUUUUCCAAACAAAGAAAUAUGAGCGUUUUCUUUGAGAGUAUUGUGGGACACACAGAGAGCAGCUGGAUUCCUGGGGUUGGGGCUCAGUGAGGCUAGGGAUAGACCAGGUAUGGAAGGUUCCAGGCCAAGGCAAGUGGGGGCUGGCCCUGGAGAAAUGGAGGGCGAGAGGCUGAAGGGGGGGCUGAAAGGGCACCCUACAUAUCUCACUCCUCAUCUUAAUAUGA